AUGGAUAAUAGUGCUUUCAACGUAUACAACUCUGCACUAGAUAUGUUAGAGGCAAUUAAAUCUAAUCUAGUUUUUAUUAAAAAAGAGUAGCAACUCUUAUAUUUAAGAUUUUCAGUAUCAACAGACACUAUAAAGCUAGAAGAUAUUUCUCAAAUGACCAAAACCGAAAAAAAAUUGUUGGAUUUGAAAUGGGAAUUGUCAAUGGAUGUAAUUGAAGGGCUAAUAAAAGAUCUCUCACAAUAUAGUGAGGUCGAUACAAGAGAUUUCCGCAUCAUGAAAGAGGAAAUUAAUAAUGCAUUAAAAGGUUAUAAUUAUGCAAAGAAUAACUUGAAAAACUGAAUAGCCAUACAAGACAAAAUUUCAGAAAUAAGCAUUGAGAGAGAAUCAUUGGAUGCUGAAGCUAAAGUGAACAUGAACUAUACAAUUAAAAGAAAAGUUUGGCAGACAGAAACUGUUGAAACAUCCUACCAUAAUACGCUUUGUUCCAGGUGCAAUACCUUAUGUCACGAACAUUGUGCUCUACAAUAUACUACAAAUACAAACGCGAAUAUAUUUACUGGUUGCGCUUGUAUACGACACAAAUAAAAUAGCAACGUCACCGACCCGUUCUUCACGGACCUGCUUCGAGUUUGGGAGCCUUGCUGCCUGAAGCCAACUAAGCAGAAAACGGAGACUACGGGUACUGGGGGCAUUUUUGUUCUGGUUGGGUUUGCCUCGCUCAUCCGGAAAUGAAGACUUUAUGUAAAAAGGCUUUUUUACCCCUAGAGACCACUAGUGCCGACGACGAAGGUAUAAUUUUGGGGUGUUUUUUUCCUGAAACUCUAAUCACUCAAGCAGCAGCCGUCAAAUCCCAAACCUGCUUACUCCAAGCCCUCCGAGACAGCAUUAAGAGCAAGGCCGAAAGCUGAGGAUAGCUAUCUCUGGUGGAAAUGCUAACAUACCCAGAGAGGUUCGCUAGCAGCAGAACGAGUCUUCUACUAAGACUUAUCUAAGAUGAGAUAUAAAAGGAAGAAGAGCCCUAAUCUUUAAUUAAUGCAAUAUAAUUCGAUUGUAUGAGGGAUGCAAGAUGCAAGGUUUGUAAUUGCGACUAUACUUCCCAUUUUCAUGAUAUGAAAAAGCCCAUAAAAGUAGAAAAAGAAAUCACAAACGUAUCAAUGGAAAUGAAAGAGAAAUACGAAAUCUCGACCAAAAAUCCAAGAAAUUAUCAGAAGAAGAAUCCAAGUACAUAUUGGAGAGUAAAGAUUGCGAUAGAAGAGUUCAAUCAGCAAAGGAAGAGAUAUUCGAAGCAGUAA